AAAUUAUUUACGCAAAAACACAAUUAAAAAUAUGACCGUCAAGGAAGAUUUUGACGACAAUACCAUCAAUCAGUUAAACCGUUUCUUAAAGUUUAAACUGGAUGACACAAUAGAGUUCUGCUAAUGGUUGGGGAUAUAAAAUGGAGAGCAAUGCCACUAUGCGUUUGGAGGUUAGCAGACAGGAAAUCAUGAGCCAUUUGCUACCGGUAACCAUCCUGAUGGCUAUUCUCGGAAUUGUUGGGUUGCUAGGCAACAUGGUUGCAGUGGCGUUCUACAGAAGCAGAAGCAAUAGAUCUUCGACUGUUCUGUUAAUCAUGUAUUUGGCCUGUUUUGACAUAACUGUGUGCAUAAUGAUUAUUCCAAACAUCUUAGAAAUGGUUUACAACGUGAUGCAUACGCAGAGCUUUUUAUGCAAGCUCACUCAUUUUCUCGGACUAUCAACUGUCGGCUCUUCUUGUUUCACACUGAUGUUGAUAGCCAUAGAUCGCCAUCAGAAAAUCUGCAAACCUUUCAAACGUAUGCUAAAUCAGAAAAAUGCCAAGUUCGCAACAAUUGGAUUCAUAGUGUUUUCAGUUCUCGUUUCAAUUCGGAACUUUUUCAUCUUCGACACAAUUGAAGUGCACCUAACGGCUGACGGUGGUACUAAUGACACGAUAAACGGUCACUAUUGUACCUCAGAUGAUGAUCCAAAAUACAGCGUUGUUGUAACAGUGUUUAACGCCAUUGAUUUCCUCCUGCUGAUGUCAAUAUGGAUCACGAUUUUGUACUGUUACUCGCAUGUUGUUUACAGAGUGGUGAAGCUACGAAAGAAACGUGAAAGAAUGAAACGGAGUACAACACACGGCGGCGUUGAACCAACUCACGUUGAUAAACCAACAAACGUCGAUAAUAACUCUGAGGAAAUCGGUGUGAAACAUGUUUCCAUCAUAGAUACGUCUAAUUUUGACAAUCAAUGUCAUACAAACGUGAUUAUUUUAGAACAAAUAAAUGACGAAUCCUAUGAAAGCAAGACAGAUACGAUCACUAACGAACCGUUUAAAAGUUCUAGUGAAGUUGGAAAGAUGGCAAGGACAAUUUUGAGAGAUAAAAUAACAUCUGACGAAAAUGUUCGCAGAAGUCUCCACGUACAUUUUGAAUCCUCAAUCAGCGAAUUAAACGAUACAUCUAGCGGAACUCACGACGACCUCGGUGAACAUUCAGAAGUUGAAAGCGAUGAUACUUCUGGACAAAGCGAUUUCUCCGAAACGUCGAUAACUCAAACGUUCCCAAGUCGUAAACGUGUACGUCGAAAUAAGCACCAUAUAAGCGGGAGGGAGCGUCGUUUGACGUAUAUGAUGUUGGCGGUUUCUGCAGUUUUUAUUGUGUGCUUUCUACCAUUCUUUGCAGUGAGAAUUGUAGCACGUAUCGUAUUGGAAACGGGUGAAGAAUACGAGUUAGGCUUGAUGAAGCAGAUAGCUCUGCGCCUUCCAUAUCUGAAUAGCGUUUUCAAUCCGAUUGUUUACUGUGUGUUUAAUCAGGAGUUUCGCGAGUACGUAUGGUCUUUGUUCCGCAGGAUUGCCGACUUCAUAAUUAUGUUCAAAAGAAAGAUGUUUUCACGGAAAAACACUUGUUUUUAAAACUGCUUUAACGUGAAAUCUACUUAUGUAUGGCCGUGCACUAUUUCGCUCUAGUUAACCCUUUUUCUUCCGUGAACAGUAUGGUCUGUUUAUAGAAGAACGCAGCUAAGUUUACCAAUCAAGCUUAGAGCUUCCUGGCUUUGGGUUAAGACGCAAUGACCUACUUUGAUGAACAUGUACAGACCAUUUGAAUGUUAAAUAUGUCAGUUACCGGUUCUUGUGUAUUUGCUCGAUGUACAGUUAAAUAUGGUAUUGAUGUAAAAUGUAAAUACGGUUUUCUGUGUCGGUUCGUUUUUUCCCAUGGUCAUAUUGAAUUAGGGGUCGUAUUGGGGGGGGGGGGGGGGGUGCAUCCUUCACCGUUCUGCUAAUAAGCCCUAUUGUAAAUUAUGGACCGUGUUGGUAUGUUUAAUGUUUAUUUAAAGAUUGAUGUAUUAUGUGAAUGUGAUAACAUGUAUCGGUUGCGUUCGUUUUUCUCCCUGGUCAUAUUAUGGCAAUAAAUCUUUUCACCGAACUCAUCUUACGUACGACUUGAAUUGUUUCUUUUUGGUCGUAUUUAUAUUUUUAUA